CUUAAGUGUGAGUUUUAGGUUCUAGAUAUUUAAAUAAGUGUGUAAUAUCUUAUUUGAAUUCUAGAUUCAAACCCCAAGUUAAGAUAAGAGUGUGUCAUAUCUCUUAACACCAACUUGAUUUAUCCCCUCCUAUUUUAUUCCCUCAUUUCGUGCCUCCCCAUAUUCUCUUCCUAAACCUCUUCUUUUUCUUCAUAAAAAAACACCAAAAGAACUCCCCUUUUGCCCCAUAAUAUUUCGGCCACCCCAUUUCCCCCUCGCCUCCCCAUAAUUCCUUCUCUAAAAUAGCAACGUGAUAAGACCCCGGGUCUCGGGUAUAACAUUUGGUAUCAGAGCAUUGUGUUUCAACAUCCCUAAGGGCCAAUUACACUUCCAUAAACCUUUCCCUUCCCCUUGGUUAUUUCGACCAAGACCACUCCAAAAAAAAACACCCCUUUAAAAACAACCAUCCCCCUUAUCUCUUUGUUAUUGCCAUAAAGAUCAGCCUCAACACCAUCUCUCUUUUCUCUUCUUUGGUAUUUUCGGCCAAAGAGACCCCUAAAAACCACCCUUACCCAUCCCUUGCCUCUCCCUUAAAACCACACACCAAAGCCCACAUCAACACCACAACCAUUUUCCCCCUUUUCUUGCUGCCAUCACCAACCCCAAAACACCAUACCCUUCUCUCUUAAUUCGGACACCAUAUUUCACCCAAAACCACCCAUCAUUUCUUACCAUUCUAGCUACUACCCCAUUCUCUUCUUCUUCUUUCACACCCUUCAAGAUGUCAAACACCUUUGUAAUCAUCACCAAUGAAGAGCUGUGGGCCUCGAAUACAGAACUCAAGACCCAAGUGGAGUACUUGGCUAAACAGAUUGCUCAACUCACCAAAUUCAAAAUGAAUAUGAUGAAUACCCCUGAAGAAAGUGAAGAUGAGCAAGAGGAAGAAGCCCAACCAGAAACUCAUCCUUGUCCCACAAGGAGAAACAACCAAGAGAAGUCAUCUAUUGAUUUCAAAGUUGAAAUCCCAACUUUUGAUGGAAAAGAUGACCCCGAUGAUUUCAUAGAGUGGUUAGAGACGAUUGAACGUGUCUUUGACUAUACCGAGGUAUCAGAGGAUAAGAAGGUCAAGCUUGUGGCCUUAAAAUUGAGAGGCUACGCAUCUACGUGGUGGACUAACACUACCACCAAGCGCAAAAGAGAAGGCAAGGCUGCUGUUAAAACAUGGACCAAGAUGAGAGCUUUAUUAAAGAAGAAGUUCAUUCCUACUCAUUAUAUAAGGGAAAACUUUGCUAGGCUUCAAAACCUACGGCAAGGAAAUCAGUCCGUAGAAGAGUACAACCGAGAGUUUGAAGAACUCUUGAUGCGAUGUGAUCUUCAAGAGAAUGACUCACAAACCUUUGCCGAGAAGGGAGCUCCACAACCACACAUCAUCUCUGAAUUUUCUCCCUACCUAGAAGACAUGAGGGGCUGAUGAAUAUUUGCUAGGAAGCUUCCUUAUGUCCCAUUAAUUGUAUUGUGUGUUUCCCCCCCACUUUCCCCUUCAUAUAUAAUUCGGCCUUAGGGCCAUGUUGUAAGGCAGUUUUUUUUUGAUGAAUUAAAACAUUACUCUUUGA